AUCGGGUUUCGAACCUGAAGCCCUCCGGUUCCGAAUCCUUACCACCAGGCCUCCGCAGCCCUAGUUUUAGAUAAAAUCACAGCUUACUGCAGUGAUGGGGAAGAAUACCAAAUGUGUGGAGCAUGUGAGAGAACCUGUGAACAACCAUUGAGCAAAGAACCAUGUACGACUCCAUGCGCUCCAGGUUGUUUCUGUAAAGCAGGAUUUGUUAGAAAUCGACAGCAAAGAUGUAUCCCGCCAACAGAAUGCAACACAAAUUCAACUUCCUGUGGCGAAAACGAAGAAUAUCUAGACUGUGGCUCCUCAUGCCCAUUGACGUGUUCUAAUUACCAAGAUUCCCUUUUUUGUGCCAAGAAAUGCACAAAGGGAUGUUUCUGCAAGCCAGGGUAUGUGUUGGGACCGCAUAAAAAGUGCAUUUUGCCUCAGAACUGUCCCAUAGGCCCUUGCCGAGAAAACGAAGUCGCCACCGACUGCGUGAGUCCUUGCAACAGUUGUGCACAGCGUGGAAAAUGUACCUUCGAGUUUUGUGCUCGAGGAUGUGACUGCAAACACGGAUUCCACAGAAACUCUACAGGCCAUUGUGUGGAAGCAAAAAACUGUGAUGUUCCAGAAUCUUUGUGCCCAAAACAUGAACACUUUGUCCCGUGCAUCAAUCAAUGUAAUGAUUGCUGGAGUCGAGGAGAUUGUGAACAGCCAUUUUGUGAGCCUGGCUGUGACUGCAGCCCAGGAUUUUUCCGAGAUGAUAAUGGGGACUGCAUACCUGAAAGUCAAUGCAUUGCUGAAGAAAUUACUUGCGGGGUGAACGAAGAGUAUACAGAUUGUGUAUCUCCAUGCAAUGAUUGCAUCAAACAAGGGCAAUGUCAAUACAACUGCGAAUAUGGAUGCGAUUGCAAGAAAGGGUAUUUCAGAGACUCUAGAGGAGUUUGUAUACCUGCAGAACAAUGUGAAACGUCCGUUGACUCUAGGAACUGCAGAUCCUGUAGGGAGAAAUGUCCUGUAAAUCAACAAUAUUAUAUUUGUAUACCAACCUGUAAAACGACCUGUGAAAAUUACAACGACUCUAGAGUACGCUGCGGAGCUGACUGUCGCUCGGGGUGCUUUUGCAAACUAGGUCUCGUGCGAAGAGGAGAUGGUGCUUGCAUCCUUCCAUCUGAAUGCCCUCAAACUUGCGGAAUGAACGAAGAAUACAGUGUUUGUGGGCCAGCAUGUCCUGAAACUUGUAAGAACUUUGGUAAAUCAAUUAUGUGCACUCAUCAGUGUGUUAAAGGAUGCUUUUGCAAAAGAGGCUUUAUUAGAGGACCUCAGGGAACAUGUAUUCAGCCUCAACUAUGUCCUGUAGAAUGUGGCGAAAAUGAAGAGUACCUUCAGUGCGGUCCAGCAUGCCCACUUUCUUGUGAAACUCAAGUCCGAACAUCUGUUUGCAGUCAUGAUUGCGUAAGGGGAUGUUUCUGUAAGCCUGGAUUCGUCAGAGACCCAGCUGGAAAGUGCAUAAACCCUGCUUUUUGUCCAGUGGUUUGUGGUUUAAAUGAAGAAUUUCAAAAAUGUGGCACUGCUUGUCCCGUCUCCUGUGCUAACCUCACAGCAUCGCAAACACUUCCUUGUCCUGGACACUGUGUACCAGGAUGCUUCUGCAAACCUGGUUUCAUCAGAGGGCCUGAUGGGUCUUGUAUUCCACCUACUUCUUGUCCUGCAGUUUGUAAAGAAAAUGAAGUAUUUCAAGAAUGUGGAACGCCUUGUCCAGCGACAUGCCACAAUCAUACCAACCCUAGACCUUGUCCAAAUAUCUGUGUAAGAGGUUGUGCAUGUAGGCCAGGAUAUGUUAAAGGGCCAGAUGGGAGAUGUAUACUACCCCAACAAUGUCCUGUAGUAUGUAAAGAGAAGGAAGAAUACAUGGAAUGUGGUCCACCAUGUCCAUCCACAUGUGACGAUAUUGGUAAAACUCCUUGCUCUCUUCCUUGCACCAAAGGCUGCUUUUGUAGACCAGGCCUUGUCCGUGGCCCGGGUGGGAAAUGCAUUCCACCAGCAUUGUGUCCUGUGGUUUGUGGUCCAAAUCAAGAGUUCCUUGAAUGUGGUCCUGAGUGUCCUCUGAGUUGUACAAACUAUACUCUUCCAGUUUCUCAUGCCAAUGUAAACGAGUGUCAUCGAGGGUGCUUUUGUAAAAUUGGGUUCGUCAUAGGUCCUGAUGGUUCCUGUAUACCUCCAACUUCGUGUCCCGCAGUAUGUGGAGAAAAUGAAGUAUUCAAAGAAUGUGGUACCGCUUGUCCCGUCACUUGUGAAAAUCGAUUAAUACCACAACAAUGUACAAAACAAUGUGUAAGAGGUUGUUUCUGCGCUCCGGGUUUCAUCAGGGGUCCUUUUGGGAAGUGCAUAUUGCCUCAACAAUGUCCUUUAAUUUGUGGUGAAAAUGAAGAAUUCAAAGAAUGUGGAACUGCGUGCCCCCCAACUUGUGCAAACAAAACAAUUCAGGGUUUGUGUCCAAAUACUUGUGUCAGAGGCUGCUUCUGUAGAAAACAUUUCGUAAGAGAUCAAUCUGGAAGGUGUGUACUACCUCAAUUAUGUCCAAUAGAAUGUGGACAAAAUGAAGAAUUUAAAGAAUGCGGAACUGCAUGUCCUCUUACAUGUACAAAUCACACAAGCCAGGGAUUCUGUCCUAAUAUCUGCAUCAGAGGUUGCUUCUGUAGAGCAGGAUAUGUAAAAGAUUCAAGUGGACGAUGUAUUUUACCUCAACAAUGUCCAGCAGCAUGCAGAGAAAAUGAAGAUUUUCAACAGUGCGGUCCUGCCUGUCCAGCCACAUGCGAUUCCAUUUCUCGUCCAACAGCUCCUUGUCCGCUGCCUUGUACUAGUGGAUGCUUUUGCAAACCAGGAUUUGUGAGAGGUCCUGAAGGAAGAUGCAUUUUACCAACAACCUGCCCUAUCAUAUGCGGGAAAGAUGAAGAAUUCAAGGAAUGUGGAACUGCUUGUCCCCUAACUUGCGCAAAUCGCACCCAACUUGGUGGUUGUCCAAACGUGUGUGUUAGAGGUUGCUUCUGCAGACCAGGUUUUGUGAGAGGUCCAAAUGGAAAGUGUGUUUUGCCUCAAACAUGCCCAGUAGUGUGCAAUCAAAAUGAAGAGUUUAAAGAGUGUGGUCCUGCUUGCCCGAUAACAUGCGAUACUUUAACACAUGCAAAUAUGCCGUGCUCUCUGCCUUGCACCAAAGGAUGUUUUUGCAAGCCUGGAUUUGUGAGGGGCCCUGACGGAAAAUGUAUUUUACCAGCUUUUUGCCCAGUAGUCUGUAGUGAAAAUGAAGAAUAUAAAGAAUGCGGUUCUGCAUGUCCGGUUACAUGCUCUAACAUCACGGAACAACGUUCAUGUCCAUUACCAUGCAGAAAAGGUUGCUUUUGCAAGGAAGGAUUUGUCCAAGAUCCAACAGGAAAAUGCGUCUUACCUCAAUCGUGUCCAGUUGUAUGCAAGCCAAAUGAGGAGUUUAAAGAAUGUGGCCCUUCAUGUCAAACCACUUGCGACAACCUCGGCGUCCCAGCUGGUCCUUGUCCACUCAUAUGCGAGAAAGGUUGCUUCUGCAAGCAAGGAUUCGUAAGGGACAAAAAUGGGAACUGUGUUCUACCCAGUUUGUGUCCCGUUGUGUGUGGCAUCAAUGAAGAAUUUAAAGAGUGCGGUUCAGCCUGUCCUUCCAAUUGCACCAAUCGCUUUCAAUCAUUAAUCUGCCCAGCUGUAUGCGUGAGAGGUUGCUUUUGUAGAGAUGGCUUUUUCAGAGAUCCUAGUGGAAAAUGUGUACGUCCUGACCAAUGCCCUGUAGUUUGUGGAGAAAAUGAAAUAUUUCAAAAAUGUGGUCCGUCCUGUCAACGUUCCUGCGACAAUCUUCUUCAGUCUCUUGGUGCUUGUGCCCUAAAAUGCGUUAAAGGAUGCUUCUGUAAACCUGGUUAUAUUCGAAAUAGAGAAGGAAAAUGCAUUUUGCCUGUUCUCUGUCCAAUUGUUUGUGAAGAAAACGAAGAGUUUAAAGAAUGUGGAACUGCCUGUCCAGCAACGUGUACCAAUCCAAAUCAACCACGAGACUGCCCAAAAAGUUGUAUGAAAGGGUGCUUCUGCAAAGAUGGGUUUGUCAGAGACUCAGCUGGGAAAUGCGUGCAUCCACAGUUUUGUCCAAUCGUAUGCAAUGAAAAUGAAGUAUUUAAAGAAUGUGGAACAGCUUGUCCUCAUACAUGUGACGAUUUAGGUAAACCCACAGCUGUCUGUACACUUCCAUGUGUUAAAGGAUGCUUCUGUAAACCUGGUUACAUAAAAAAUAGAGAAGGCAAAUGUAUACUUCCGAAUUUUUGCCCAGUCGUUUGUGGAGAAAACGAGGAGUUCAAAGAGUGUGGAACUGCUUGUCCAGCAACAUGUACCAACCCAAAUCAACCUCGAGACUGUCCAAAAACUUGUGUGAAAGGUUGCUUCUGCAGAGAUGGAUUUGUCAGAGACUCGACAGGAAAAUGUGUGCUACUUCAGUUUUGCCCAGUCAUAUGCCCGAAAAAUGAAGUAUUUCAAGAAUGUGGUACAGCCUGCCAGGACACAUGUGACGAUUUACAUAAACAUACAACUAUUUGUGCACUCAAAUGUAUCAAAGGAUGCUUCUGUAAACCUGGGUAUGUUAGAAAUAGAGAAGGCAACUGUAUACUCCCGAAUUUCUGUCCAAUCGUUUGUGGAGAAAAUGAAGAAUUCAAAGAAUGCGGCACAGCAUGCCCAGCCAAUUGCACUCAUCCUCAAGGACAACAGCUAUGCCCAGCCGUAUGUGUCAAAGGUUGCUUCUGUUUAGAUGGAUUUGUAAGAAAUUCUCAGGGAAAAUGUAUACGUCCUGAAUUAUGUCCUGUAGUUUGCAAAGAAAAUGAACAGUUUCAGGAAUGCGGCUCUGCUUGCCCCCUCACCUGUGACAACAUUGGUACAUCGAAUGUUCCUUGCCCACAACAAUGCGUUAAAGGGUGUUUCUGUAAACCUGGUUAUGUUAGAGAUAGAACUGGAAGAUGUAUAUUGCCUAAUUUUUGCCCAGUUGUUUGUGGAGUAAACGAAGAAUUUAAAGAAUGUGGUUCAGCCUGUCCUGCUAACUGCACCAAUCAUCUUCAACCGCAAAGAUUGUGUCCAGCAAUAUGCGUUAAAGGAUGUUUUUGUAAGAGCGGAUUUGUAAGAGAUUCAUCUGGAAAGUGUAUUCUGCCUACCAUGUGCCCAGUAGUUUGUAGACCAAACGAGGAGUUCAAAGAGUGCGGUCUUCCAUGUCAAAUAACUUGCGACAACCUCGGCAUUCCAGCUCUCCCUUGUCCACUUCAAUGCACAAAAGGCUGCUUCUGCAAACCAGGGUUUGUAAGAAAUAGAGAUGGAGAUUGUGUUCGACCUAGUUCGUGUCCAAUUGUUUGUGGAGAGAACGAGGAAUUCCAAAAGUGCGGUACCGCAUGUCCAGCAACUUGUAUCAGUGGAACAGAACAACGUCCCUGCCGUGCAAUUUGUGUUCGAGGCUGCUUCUGUAAACCAGGCUUUGUCAGGGAUCUAAGCGGCAACUGCGUACGACCUGAAUUGUGUCCAGCUGUUUGCAGGGAAAACGAAGAGUUUCAAGAAUGUGGUACAGCGUGUCCUGCCAACUGUACUAGUCCUUUACCACAGAGUCCAUGCCCUGCAAUAUGCGUUAGAAGCUGUUUCUGUAAACCAGGUUUUAUUAGAGACCCAACUGGAAGAUGCGUAAGGCCAGAACAGUGUCCAGUAGUGUGUGGAGAAAAUGAAGUUUUCCAAGAAUGUGGAACAGCAUGUCCUGCCAACUGCACCAGUCCAGUUACUAUGCGUCCAUGUCCUGCCAUUUGUGUGAGAGGGUGUUUCUGCAGGCCAGGUUUUAUCAGAGAUCCAUCUGGGAGGUGUGUGCGCCCUGAACAAUGUCCAUUAAUCUGUAGUGAGAAUGAAGAAUUCCAAGAAUGUGGUACAGCAUGCGCUGCGAAUUGUACUAAUCCUAAACCAACGCAUCCAUGCCCGGCUAUUUGCGUGAGAGGGUGUUUCUGUAGACCAGGCUUUAUCAGAGACCCAUCUGGAAGGUGUGUAAGACCAGAGCAGUGCCCAGUAGUUUGUGGUGAAAAUGAAUUAUUUCAAGAAUGCGGUACAUCUUGUCCUGCCAAAUGUCCUAAUCUACUACCACAGCUUCCAUGCCCAGAAAUGUGUGUGAGAGGUUGUUUUUGCAAACCAGGAUUUGUCAGAGAUCCAACUGGAAAAUGCGUAAGGCCAGAGCAGUGUCCAGUAGUCUGUGGUGAAAAUGAAGUGUUUCAAGAAUGCGGAACAGCUUGUCCUGCCAGUUGUUCAUCUCCUGUACCACAACGUGCAUGUCCGGCAAUCUGUGUGAGAGGAUGUUUCUGCAAACCAGGUUUUAUCAGAGAUUCAUCUGGAAGAUGCGUGAGGCCAGAGCAAUGUCCGUUAGUUUGUUCUGAGAACGAAGAGUUUCAAGAAUGUGGUACGGCUUGUCCUGCCAAUUGUACGAAUCCGAUACCACAAGGUGGAUGCCCGCAAAUUUGUGUGAGGGGUUGCUUUUGUAGGGCAGGCUUUAUUCGAGAUCCCACUGGAAAAUGCAUACGGCCAGAAUCGUGCCCAGUUAUUUGCGGUGACAAUGAAGAAUUUAAAGAAUGUGGUACAGCUUGCCCAACGGAUUGCACUAAUCCUAUUCCCAAGAAUCCAUGUCCACCAAUAUGCGUCAAAGGUUGCUUUUGUAAACCAGGAUUUAUUAGACAUCCAAAUGGAAAAUGCGUUCGUCCGGAGAGUUGUCCUGUUGUUUGUCGAGAAAAUGAAGAUUAUCAACAAUGUGGUUCUGCUUGCCCAGUUACUUGCGAAAACUUUACAAAUCCUCGUCCAUGUUCAUUUCCUUGCAUCAGCGGCUGUUUUUGUAGGCCUGGCUUUGUCAGAGGUCCUGAUGGAAGAUGCAUAACUCCGCAUCUUUGUCCGCUUGACUGUUCCAAACCAAAUGAAGAAUACCGUGAAUGUGGUCCUCCAUGUAUUAAAACAUGUGGUCGAAUCGAUCCCCGAAGAAGAUGUGAUACCAUUUGUAUUAAAGGAUGCUUCUGCAAAGAAGGAUUUAUCAGGGAUAUAGAUGGAAAUUGCAUCAGACCAUCAGAAUGUCCAACAGAGCCUCAACAAUGUCCACCUGGAGAAAUAUUUCAUGCCUGUAUGCCGACAUGUGGAGGAACUUGCGAUACCCUGGAUGCCGAAAUUCUGCGAAAGUGCAAUAAAGUGUGUCGACCAGGAUGUUUCUGUCAAAUAGGAUACGUUAAAACAAGGGACGGUCAAUGUGUGCUACCAAAGCAGUGCCCACGACCAUUUGAAGGUCGCCACAUUGACGGUUAUAAGGAGGAAGCAACAGUUAUCUCUGUACUUACUGAAGUACCAAAAGAAGAAACAACUCCUGAAAUAUCGACGCAGCAAAAUGAGCUUUCGACAGAAAAAACGACUUUAGAAUCAGGCACUUCUGAAAUAACCACAACGGUCCUACUUACUACACAGCCUGAUGCAACUGGAUCUGAAAUAGCAGUAAAAGCGCAAAUAACAACUGUUUCAGAGUUAUUACAGAAUCAAGCUAUUUCAACAGUUCAAAGUACUGCUCCAACAACUAAUUCUGAAAUAACUUCUCUACCAACAACACAAAGUGAGCCGACAAAUCCAGUAAUUUCUAGUCGGGAUGGAUCUUCCGCGACACCUUUAGUGACCGAAGCAGUUGAAAUUUCAUCUGUUGCAUCUGAAAAACUAACAGUCUCAGAUAAUACACCAAGUAUAACGAGAGAGAUACCAGUACCAGUCACUACACCACUUGUAUACUAAACUGUAAAUUUUAUACAGUAACAGCUAUAUGAACUGAAAUGUGAAUGUAAAUUAAUUUUUGGCGUAAUUUAAAGAAAUUUCGUAAUAAAGAAGUAACUGAAUAAAAGAGAUCAAAUCAUAUGGGAUCUUUAAUAUUUAAAUAAACAUUAUCAAGAAACGUGAGAAAACAUGUAACAAAAUAGUUGGAAAUAAAAUUCUUGCCCAAUUAAUUCUAAAAUAUUAUAAUAUUUUAUAAUUUGAAAAGAUUCAUGAUAUUACAUUUUGUAUUUUAAACUGAUCCUUUCGUUAUAAAUAUUUUCAAUGAAUGUUUUUUAAACCCACGUCAGCCCACUCACCUCGAAAACUCUAGAGUGUUUUAAGAAUGGAUAUGGAAAAAAACACAGAAUCGAUAAAUGUUUAUAUAAGCUCCCCUUAUUAAUUGCUUAUCAUGGGUAUACAUUCCCUAUUAAUCAUGAGUACAUCAUGGAUAUACAUUGUAUAAUACAUCACGAUGUUGUUCUACAUUCGGAAUGCCAAACAGUAUCGUGAAGAAUCGAAAUAAGGUUGUUCCUUGCCUACAAUCCUUGCCAUUUCUUAUAGCAAAAAAUAUUCCCCUGAUACUGAUGGAUAAAACAUAUAUUUAGUGAUCAAAUUAUAUCUAAGAUCAGUUAAAACAACUUCUUGAAAAUGCGAAAUAAUUGUUAUUAGAAAAGCACCAAGCCGAAGCCAAAAUUUUCACAUCACGUGUUAUCGAUCACUAUAUAAAUGAUAUUUCUUUGUGUAUUACCAUUUUUAUUGUA